UAUUUUUAUUUUAUUUUUUCCAGCCACUUGCUUUAAUCCGGGCAGUUUCCGAUUUCCCUCUGCGCGCGCACAAACUUUGGCCAUCCGCUUAGCAAAAAAAAGUUACUAAAGCGGUAUAUCCACAAAAAAGCAAGUUCCCUCACGUCGUUCAUAUCGCAAAAAGGAGGAGACGGGACAUAUGGCGAAUGCCAAAAAGGACAGCGCCAUGAGCUCGUUGCUCGCAGGCACAGUAGCUGGCGCACUAAUAAAGACCAAGCUACAGCUGCAAGGGUCUGUUCAACUGCCUCCGGUCGACCUCAAAACCCAGGGCAUCCCAGGCCUCUACCGUGGGCUCACCCCGAUGCUCACAGGGAACGCUGCCAAGGCCGGCGUGCGCUUCCUCACAUACGACUCGAUCAAGGCGCGGCUCCGCGACUCGUCCGGAAACUUGACCAUGGGAAGAAUGAUGCUCGCUGGCCUGUGCGCCGGCAUAGUGGAGGGUGGCUUGGUGGUAGCGCCGGCGGAGGCUGUGAAGACGCGGCUGAUUCACGACCAAUGCAUGCCACGCCAGCGAUUCGGUGGCACAGCCGACUGCGUGCGCGAUAUUUUCAGCCGCGGCAGUGGCGUAAGGACCCUGUACAGGGGCGUGGCGUCGGUGAUGGCCAGGCAGGGCGCAAACUCAUGCGUGCGCUUUGCCGCCUACGAUUCCCUCAAACAAGCGCUGGUGGCGCGCACGGGGAGGGCGGUUUCGGGCCCUGAGGCCUUUGCGCUGGGCAUGUGUGCGGGGAUUAUUACGGUCUACGCCACGAUGCCGCUGGACGUCGUCAAGACGCGGAUGCAGGCGGGCGCUGCGGCAGAGUAUCGCGGGUCCCUGCAUUGUUUUGCAAGCGUCGUUAGCAGCGAGGGUCCCGCUGCGCUGUGGAAGGGCGCAACGCCACGGCUGGCGCGCCUGAUGUUCUCGGGCGCCAUUGUGUUUGCCGUUUACGAGGAGGCCAUGAAGAUGAUGCGAUAAGGAUAACGACAGCGGAAAUGCAAAUACAAAUGCAAACUGUAAUUCAAUAUUGAUAACGGUC